CAUCGGCCCCUGGGCUGGCGGCCAGGCCCGAGCAAUCGGCGGCCGAGCGGGGCGGGGCUCAGAGCGGAGGCGGCGGCCGCGAGGGCGGGGCGGCCGGGCCUGGCUGCGCCCCCGGACCUCGCGGGACCGCGGCGGCGCAGGAAGAAGUCCCCAAGGAGACUUCGCCAUAGGAGUUCACAGGAAAUAUUGAAAUGUCAGGUUCCACGCCAUUUAAGAUGAGAUUAGUUCAUUUAGACCUUAAAGGAGCUCCACCAAAGGUCUCGUACCUCUCAGAGAUUUUUCCUCUGUUCCGUGCGCUAGGUGCAAACGGCCUCCUCAUUGAGUAUGAAGACAUGUUUCCCUACGAGGGCCCUCUGAGGCUGCUGAGGGCCAAGUACGCCUACAGCGCCUCUGAAAUCAAAGAGAUCCUGCAUCUGGCUGGACUCAAUGAGCUGGAGGUGAUUCCCUUGGUGCAGACAUUUGGACACAUGGAGUUUGUGCUGAAGCACACGGCCUUCGCCCACCUGCGGGAGGUGGGCUCCUUCCCCUGCACCCUGAACCCCCACGAAGCGGAGUCCCUGGCGCUGGUGGGCGCCAUGAUCGACCAGGUCCUGGAGCUACACCCAGGCGCCCAGCGGCUGCACGUCGGGUGUGAUGAGGUCUAUUACCUCGGAGAGGGGGAGGCCUCGCGCCGGUGGCUACAGCAAGAGCAGAACAGCACGGGGAAGUUGUGCCUGUCACACAUGCGGGCGGUGGCCAGCCGCGUGAAGGCCCGGCGCCCCAGCGUGACACCCCUGGUGUGGGACGACAUGCUCCGAGAGCUUCCUGAGGACCAGCUCGCAGCGUCCGGGGUGCCGCAGCUGGUGGAGCCGGUGCUCUGGGACUACGCGGCCGACCUGGAUGUGCACGGCAAGGUCCUCCUCAUGCAGAAGUACCGGCGGUGCGGCUUUCCGUGGCUGUGGGCAGCCAGUGCCUUCAAGGGUGCCACGGGGCCCAGCCAGGCCGUGCCCCCUGUUGAGCACCACCUCAGGAACCACGUGCAGUGGCUGCAGGUGGCGGGCAGCGGGCCCACGGACUCACUGCAGGGCAUCAUCCUGACCGGCUGGCAGAGGUACGACCACUACUCUGUGCUGUGCGAGCUGCUGCCCGCAGGAGUCCCGUCCCUGGCCGCCUGCCUGCAGUUGCUUCUACGCGGUAUGUCUGGUCUGGCCACCCCAAACCCCACCGGCUCCUCCCAGAAAGACCCAGAGGGCAGGAGGCCAAGCACCCAGUGCUCCAACCACCCUGCUGGACUGUGGUGGUCCUCACAGUCGGAGGAUGGUCUCACCGCCCCAGCUCAGCCACCCACCUACCCUGAAGUCCACCUAGGCUGGGCCUGUGUCCAGGUCUCCAGGCCUAAGCCCAAAGCAGGCUGGAGAGUGACGCGGGAGGCACCCCUCAGACACAGUGACUCCGCAGAAAUGCACGCAGGUCGGAGGUGGGGAGCAGCUCCACCUUUGCUGCACACACGUCCUGCACACCUGGCCGAGCAGGUGUGGGGCUCAGGCGCCCGGCCCUGGAAGGCCCCGCACCCUGGACCCAGCACUCACACUUCCAGGUCUCCUGAGGGAGCAGCGGGACCCAUGGGCAGGGGCAGGCACCGGGGAACCCCUCGGGGUCGGCAGGGGGCUUGGCCAGAGGAGCUGUGUGUGUGGAAACUCGCAGGCCACACAGGAAAUUAGCGACUGCGUGGUGCUGACGCAGAAAGAAAAAUGGCCGAGACGCGCGGAGAGCAGGACCCGCAGGCGCGGCAGCCCAGGGACGGGGACGCGGCCAGUGAGAGGACGCAGAAUGAGAUCAGAUUGACUUCUCAGUUGCUGACUCUCAACUGCUUAGAAAGGGGCAGAAACAAUAAAAACAGACACCCAUGUGCCCCACACUAAAGAGCUGUGUUAAUAUUGACGGUAUUUGCAGUGUCCCUUGCCCACGGCCCCACCCGCCACCCCUGUGACUGGGGCACUUCCCUCCUGCCCUCUGGCCGUCAGCCUCUUGCAGCGAGUAUUUCCAUGAACACCAAGUCAGGGAUUCGUCCACGCUGGUGCCCGCAGGCCUCAUGGGUUUGUUUCGGGUGCUCUAGAAUAUUCCAUCGAUUGUGUAAAACACAGUGGCAAACUCUGCGUGAGCCCUGGACACCUGUGUGGGUCGGGCUGCGCCCAGCAGGAAGAGCCACUUGCUGUCCGGGUGUUGCUGCUGGCAACACAGUCUUACUUCUGUUUUCUGAUUUUUAAAAUAAGGAACGUAUUUCACGUGUUUAAAGAGAAGAAGCAGGCCCAUCUGCCCCCAGGUCCCCCUGGGGCCAGCACACACGGCGCUGGGCCUGGCCAGUGGCUCUCCAUGCCGCCCGCCCAUUGCCCCAGUACCUAGGCCUGCAGGUCCCAAUGUAGCCCCCUCCCCUCCUCCAGAGGCCCCUCCAACCGCCCCGCUCAUUUGUGAUUUCAGGAGGAUUUGAUGAAGAUGUUAAAGCGAAAGUGGAGAACCUUCUCGGGAUUUCCAGCCUGGAAAUAACGGACCCUGUUAGGCAAGCACCCUGCAACCCUCCCUGUCUCCUUCUUCCCCUCCCCUU